GAAGCCAUGUGGUUUGCCUUUCUCCUCCUGCUGUGGCUGGGCCCUGUAAUUCCAAAUCAGAAGACAGGCAGUUGUUCCCAGCCCCAACCUCUCUGCUGCCCAGGAGCGGAUAACCACUGCAAGAGAGGAAGCUGCUAUUGUGAUAAAUUCUGCCACGUGGUAUCAGACUGCUGCCCAGACCACGGGACCCUCUGCAACCCUGAUGACCAUGCAGGCUCACUUCCACCCAUGGCACAGCUGGGUGCUGUAACCGACAGAGCCUCUCACACUCCCAAGAUGGUGCUACAGAUGGUGCUCAGGAUGGAGAGCCCGCCUGACUCAGCCAGGAGCAAGCAAGAUUUGGUACAAACCAUGGUUCUGCAGCUCCUCCACACCCUCUCCAGAAGGCCACUCUUGGUCACUAUGAAGGGAAUCAGAAAGAGAGCCUGAGUCCUCCUCCAGCCCUUGCCAGCCAGACCCAUGGAACGGAGAUCACCUUUGGUUUGUUGGGGCCAACAUGGCUGGCCCAGCCCAGUGGUAUCUGUCUCUCAGCUGCCAUCCUAUGAGCCCCACAUUGGCUUAGUCUGGGAAAACUGAAACCUGAAAUUGUUUUAAACACAUUUAAAAGUGCACAGAAUUAGACAUAAAAAAAAUUACAAAAAUACA